UUGUUGUGCCCACAUUGUUAUUGUCUCCUUCUCCCAGAGGGAUUUGAACUGGGUUUCUUCCUCGAUCUCUCUCUCCUCAUCGAGAUUCUUCAGUUGCCGAGUGAGAAAACCUAGUCCGAAGAUAUGGUGGAUGAUGCCGGGAGCAGCGAUGGGGAAAUUGAUUGUAUACAGCAAUAGUGGUGGCUGGUCAAGUGGAAGUUUUUCAAGUGGCGGAUUUUAGAUAGGGAGACAUGUCCCUGAGAAUCAAAGCAGUGGUUGACAAGUUCGUGAAGGAGUUGAAAGAAGCUUUAGAUGCAGAUAUCCAAGACCGGAUUAUGAAGGAAAGGGAGAUGCAGAGCUACAUCGAGGAGAGGGAGAGAGAGGUCGCUGAGAGAGAAGCUGCUUGGAAAGCCGAGCUUUCUCGUCGAGAGGCUGAGAUUGCCCGACAAGAAGCUAGGCUUAAGAUGGAGAGAGAAAACCUUGAGAAAGAAAAGAGUGUCUUAAUGGGAACUGCCUCAAAUCAGGAUAAUCAGGAUGGGGCUCUGGAAAUCACUGUAAGUGGUGAGAAGUACCGAUGCCUCAGGUUUGCCAAAGCUAAAAAAUGAGGUUUGACACAAAGGAAGGGUUUAGAUGGAUCAACACAAAAAAAAAAAUGGGGGACCG